AUGGCUCUGGUCCAAAAGUAUGGAAAACCUGAUCUUUUCCUUACGAUGACCUGCAAUCCAAAGUGGCCUAAAAUUAAAGCUGAGUUGCUACUUGGACAGUCACCACAUGAUCGUCCUGAUUUACUAACAAGAAUAUUUCAUUCAAAAUUUGAUGAGAUGAAGACCGACAUUCUUACAAAGCAUGUACUCAGGAAGGUUCUGGCAUACGCAUAUGUUAUUGAGUACCAAAAAAGAGGCUUACCACAUGCCCACAUGGUCAUUAUUUUGGAUGAAAAUGAUAAGAUACGCACUCUUGAUGAUUAUGAUAACAUUGUCAGAGCUGAAAUUUCAAACAAGAGAUUAGAGCCUAGAUUAUACAGUGUAGUUCUGAAACACAUGAUACAUGGCCCAUGUGGAAUGUACAAUGAACGGUCCCCGUGUAUGACAAAUGGUCGGUGCAAAAGACGUUUCUCAAAGCCAUUUUCUUCAAUUACUACACUUGGAAACGAUUCAUAUCCUCUUUAUCGAAGAAGAGAAGGGGAGUCAGUUCCUUUAUAG